ACGUCAGGAAAAGGGUCAAAAUCCCUAAAAAAGACUCUCGGUCGUCCUUCUCCCUCGUCCCAAUCCGGUCCCCGCGAUGGACGCCGCCUCCCGUCCGGCGCCGCCGCACCCCACUUCCGCCGCUUGAUCCCACACCCGCUGCCGCCCUCACUCGUCCAGCGACGUCUCCCUCCCCGUAGUCGUCCAGCCACUCGAGUGCGCCUCCAAAAUCCCCAAUCGACCGGCGCCUCCCGUCAAGCGCUGCCCGGUCGACGUCCAGCCGCUCCCUCGCCGUCCAGCCACUUUAGCGCCGCUUCCAUUGUUCCAGGGCUAACCCUUCGACGUCCAGCAGCCCCCCUCACCGUCGAGCCACUCCAGCGCCGCCUCGCUCCCCAUCGACCGGCGCAGGGCCUCCCUCGUCUGCCGGAUCUGCCUCGUCCUCCUGUUUCCCCCCCGUCCAGCGCCUCCAAACCACCCAAAAAAGGUCGCAAGUACCGCGCGCCAGCCCUACUGAAGAUCGAUGGAGACGCUGCCGGACGACGUGGUCGUGGAGAUCCUGGUCCGCGUGACGGAGGUCGCAGCCCUGUUCCGCUGCACCGCAACGUGCAGGCGAUGGCGCCUCCUCAUAGCCGACCCGUCUUUCCUCCGCCGGCGCUGGCCGGAGGGCGUGAGCCUCCAGUCCUCCCUGCUCGGCUUCUUCGCCUUGCAACAGCCCCGUGAAGAACCAACAGAAGGGAGCUCUACGACGUCCAUGCCGCUCUUCACCCCGGUGCCAUGCUCCCCCCACCGCUUCCUCGCCAUCCCUGAUCAGCCUCGAGGCAGCCAGGCGGUGGUGCUCGCCUCGCACCGUGGCCUUCUUGUUGUGCGCUUCGUCCCACUCGACGCCAUCAGCAUGUUCGAGAAAAUCAUGAUCCUUGCUGUGUGCGAUCCAAUCGCCGGCACAAGCCGCCCGCUGCCUCCAUUGAAGUGCAAUAGGUCAUUCCGAAUAGAAGGAUGCACCCUUCUAACCGGUGCCGAUUGUCGCCCGACCAAACGGCGAGGGGCGUCGCCGUCAGUCUACUCGUCCUUCAAAGUGUUAAUCAUCAGUUACGACGGACGGUACAAUCUCCACGUGUCCGCGUCCAAUGAGUUGAGCUGGAGGACGUCUAGAAACUGGUUUGAACCUGUUGAGUAUGCCGGACGUGUGGUGCCCCAGCAGAUCAACAUCGUCGUGUGCCGAGGCAUGGCACACUGGCUCUUCAAGUACUCGUCAGACUUCUACACACUCAACGUGUGUGCUAAGACCAUGCAGAUGUCUAUAACAAAGCUCCCUCUCACAAGGAACCCCCUUGGCUUCAAGUUUUCAAGUGCACUGCUUAAUGUCACCAACGAUGGAAGGCUAUCGCUGCUUGGUUUAUACAGGGACUGCAGCUGGCUGGAGAUGUGGACACAUGAAGGUGACAACAAGAGUGUAGAUGGCAUGGCAGACUGCUGGCACCACACCAAGAUGAUUGAGCUAAUACAGCCCAAGCAGAGUACGGUCGGCCUGGUGCAAUGCGUGUGCGUGAGCGAGAUGAGCGGUAAACUGCUCGUCAAGGACAAUCAAGAUUGCGUGUACAUUGCAGAUCUCCAAACUGGGGCGAUGGAGACUGUCACCGACUGGUUUUGUGGCAUUGUCACGGUGGCUGUCCCAUUUGAGAUGGAUUGGCCGACCUUCUUCAUGUCUCGCUUGGCGGGCGGUAGGAUCAAGCGGAAUAAGCUGAGAGGAGCUAUAUCGAAAAUUGCUUCCACCUUUUGCAAACCAAUAGUUGUGGCAAUUAUCUUUGGGUUAAUUGUUAUGAGUCUGGAUUAUGAUGAGCUACAGGAAUCUUAAGAUCUGUGUGUGGCAGACUUACUGAAGAUGCAAGUUAAUUUAUCACGUGUACCUGCGCAUUGGCUACGAGAUUGAUCAUGGUGCAGCGUCAAGGCAAGGAACACUAAAUCAGAUCAAUAGGAUUCAACUGCCAUGUGCAGACUUACUGAAUAUGGCCUCUGUUUUGUUCUCAGUUUUAACAUGUCCCAGUUUAGACUUGGUGUGUACUGCUAGCUGAACCUUUGAUGUUCUGUUGAACAAAUAGUAAUGAGGUGCUGAGUAGUCGUUUGUAUUAUUAUGGGAAUCCCCAUUAUCAAAGAAGAAAAGUUCACAGCUAAUUGCGAUCGUAAUUGACAUUUCAUUUGCACAUGUAGCAUUAUCUCCUGGGUUGCUGCUUAAUUUGCUUUUUACGUUCUUUGCUAUAAGUACUCCUGCCAAAAAAGCUCUUAUAUUAUGGGACGGAGGGAGUAGAUAUUAAGAUAAAACUUGUGGCAUAUGACCAGGACGCAUGGAUGCAUUGAGCAAGCAUUUUUAACCUAAAUUAGAUAUUUUUGUGAAAUUUAUGUAUGCAAUUAUCAUAUUCGAUACCUGAAUUAUGGCCUUAUGGGUCUCAUUGUGUUGGUGGGAUCAAUACACAUGCCGGUGAAUUAUGCGGUCAGCACAGCAUGCAAAUAAAUAAGGGGAAGUGAACGUGAAUAUAUAAUGGGACAUCAAGUUAAUAUCCAAUCUGACAUUCACCUGAACCUUGUUGUCUGUUUUCCCGUCGUGGGGACCUAAUCUUGCUUGCCAACUGAGCAAAGUAUCACAGCAGUUCUCUCUGAUUAAUUAGGUUCUUUUCCAGGAAAAGCUUCAAUUGGAGAAGCUGGCAUCUUUCAUUCAGAAGAUUUUUAGAUGAAGAUCUUCAAGUUCGAUCAGUGUCAUUGGUUGCAGGAUAUCUUGUUUAACCACUCCUUAGGAACUGGUAAUGAUCAGCCUAAAUUGUUUUAGACAACUUGAACCCACAUGUCAGUGCCCAGGUAGCGUGCCACCCGAUUUUUUCUAUUUGGUCUGGUUCAGUAUUGUUCACUCAGGUUCGCUUGUACCUUAUUUCUUAGGGUUGGAAAGCACUUUAUUCAAUCAAAAUGUUUGACGGGAUACAAAUAAUGCCGGGCCUACUAGAUAGCCAUAUGUGCCUUCCAAAAUCUAAAGUGGUAGUUGCUUUAGACACAUUAUGAGCUUCAACAUUACAAUAUUGCUUCUCAUGGAUGAUAUGCACUGAGGUAAAAUCCUCCAUCUUCUUCUGAAUCCCCUUGAUGAUUACUCCUGAUUUCCCCAGAUGGACACAUUGGAUAUGCUUAACUGGAGCUGCACAAGCAGUAGAUAUAACAAGACGCUGGCAACAAAUACCUGCAGCCAAAGAUAGAGCUUCACUGCACGUCGUCCAUUCCAGGAUUUCAGGUAUACAUAACGCCGAAGCUCCCAAGAUAUGUAUCAGUUUCAUCUCCACAGAUCGCCCCUAUUGGACCCCUGUCUCCAUGUCUUGCCACAGCUGCACCGACAUGUAUUUUGACUGAUCCCCGGCCUGGGGCACACCAUUUUCUUCUGGCUGGAGAAGAUUUCGAUUAAGUUGUACACCAUAUAGCAUUGUAUAAAUGAGAAAGUGAAAUGGCAUGGCGACAUAGUUUUGGAUUGUAUGGAGUGAGCGAGGCUGCAUUCUUCUGACGGUGCCGACUACUUCCAUGUCUUUCAUCUCCCCGCUGGUGCUGCCUGCUGCUCAAGACGUUUCAUCCUUGGUGUUUCAGGCCAUGCCUCAUUCCUUUUCUUUUGCCUGUAACUUUUUUUCGCUUGUAAGCUGUUACAACACCUUGUAUCUUUGCCGUUCUCUAUCUUUUUUCUUUUCUCUGUAA